UACCACCUUGUGCAUUCCAUUACCACUCCCACUCCCUCCAUCCAUCCAUCCCCCCUAACUCUUUGACGGCAACCGUGCAUGGCAACCACCAGCAAGCACGAUUCUACACCAGUAUAAGCGUCCUCGAGAACGAUCGCUUCUUCUGCCACCCAGCACCUGCUUGUUUGCCAUCGUUGAUAAUCUAGCCACCAGUGCUUCAUCUUGGAUUCAUCCCCCACUCGCUCAGCCAAAAUGCCAUACACCAUUGAUCUCUCCGGCGGCACCGUUGUCGUCACAGGCGGUAAUCGUGGCAUUGGUCUCGCUAUGUCUGAAGCAGUCGCCAACGCUGGCGCUAAUGUCGCCAUCCUCUACCGCUCUCACCCGGAGGCCGAGAAGUCGGCGGCAAAGGUGGCGGAGAAGUUCGGGACCAAGGUGAAGGCGUACAAGUGCGAUGUUGGCGACCAGGAGCUGGUGCUCAAGACGAUCGAGGCGGCCGCCAAGGACCUCGGCACGCCAAUCGUCGGCCUCAUGGCCAACGCUGGCGUCAGUGUCGUGAAACCGGCGCUUGAGCUGAGCAAAGCGGACUACGACUACGUGUACAACACCAAUGUCUUUGGUGUCUUCAACACCUGCCAGGCAGUGGCAAAGCACUGGAAGGCGGUCGGCUACAAGAAGGGCAGCAUCGUCGUCACGUCGAGCAUGUCGUCGGAAAUAUACAACCAAUCGGCGCCGAACGUGCCGUUGACGCAAGUGUUCUACAACUCGUCCAAAGGCGCCGUCAGCAAUAUGGUCAAGUGCCUUGCGGCCGAGUGGGCGCCGCUGGGCAUCCGCGUCAACGCGCUCGAGCCUGGGUUCUGCAACACGGAGCAGACGAGCGGUAUGGAUGCCAACGUGCGCGACUACCAAGCGAGCAGCAUCCCUCUCAAGCGCUUCUCGGAACCCCACGAGCAGGCCGAGCCCGCUGUAAUGCUACUCAGCGACAAGGCCAGCUACAUUACGGGUACCAUCUUGCGCCCUGAUGGAGGCUUUACCAUCUGGUAAAUGCCGAGUCCACCACACGUCAUGUCGUCGGCAUCAUUCCGCACUCCCUCUGCAUGCGACUUUUCAUACAGCAGUCGCACCACCCAGCCAGAUAGCUCAU